AUGCAGGCGCAUUACUACCACUCCUCGACUAGCCCGAACCAACCGGGAGGGUCGUAUGAGCUUCCUCCAGUACACGCGGUGACCUCGCCUCCGGCGCCCUUCCCAUCGCAUGGGCCCGCGGCUCCUCUUCUUUCCGCUCCGCCGAGUCGACCCGACAGCGGGUUGCGCAUGGCUCAUAUACUCCAGCCGUUGGCACAGCAUAUGCCCAACCCCCCGCCGCCACAGGUCACGAACGCUCCCGCCUAUUCGCGUUCGUACGAGUCUAGUGGCUCCCCUGCAGAGGGCACGUCCAUGCUACCUGAUGCGCCGCCGCUGAAUGGCCCCGGGCUGCUUCAGCCCGUUGGCGGGGCUGGUGCGGCUGGUCCGCACGUUCAUCACCAAGCCCAGCAGCCGUUGCAGCAGAAGAGAGCGUAUCGACAGCGGAGGAAGGACCCCAGUUGCGAUGCCUGUCGGGAACGCAAAGUCAAGUGUGACGCUUCCGAAUCCUCCAGUUGCACAGAAUGCACCAACCGCAAGGUGCGCUGCCAGUUUACCAAGGAGACCAACCGACGCAUGUCUUCAAUCAAGUUCGUGCCGUGGCCGUUCUAUCCACAAGUCCAGGACCUUGAGAAGCAGCUGCUAUCAACCAAGCAACAACUCCACCAACUUCGGUCAGGGAUGCUCAGAUCCGACAAUCUGAUGGAUCUGGAUAUCGACGGGGCGGGCCAACCUCAGUUGAAGCUUCCGGACGUCGGGUACCGUCCCCCGCGCCGAUCACAAGUGCAGGUGAUGCAGGAUCUCACCGAGGCUCGCGCCAACCUGCGAAAAUAUGGGAGAGGUAUCUUGAGGGUGCCCCCUCCAUACCGGCAGCAGGGUCCCAAGUCCUUGUUGUCCACCGACCCUCCCCCGCUUCCCCCGAAGGAGGUGGCCAAUCGUUUGCUGGGCCAGUACUACGCCUGCAUCCACUCGGUCCUGCCAGUGCUCCAUUGGCCCACCUUUGUGGCUCAGUACGAGAGUGUCUACCAAGCCGGAACGCUGAUGGGUGUUGCCCGGGAAUGGGCAGCGGUACUGUUCGGAGUCUUGGCCUGUGGGUGUCUACACACUUUGGAGGCAAAUCGGGAACAAGAAGGCAAGGAAUUUGUCAAAGUCAGUUGCGGGGUGAUCGAUGUGUGGCAAGACAACUUCACCUUGGACCAGGCACGGGCGGCGCUGCUGGUCAGCAUCUUCCUGUACGAAGUGAAUUCGCAGUCGGCGAGCUGGGUCUGGAUUGGAUCCGCGAUAAGAGUUGCGCAGGAGAUUGGACUACACCUGGAGUCAGGGCCCUGGUCCCCGCUGGAAGGCGAGAUGCGAAAGCGGUUAUGGUGGGGAAUGUACACGUGGGAUAGGCUUCUUGCUCUGGAGAUGGGAAAACCCGUCCUCAUCAACGACCAAGACUGCGACGUCGACCUGCCCUGCCCCAUCGAUGAACAGUACCUUUCGGAUGGCAGUGUUGUGCCAGAGAGCCCGCAAACCUCGCCACUACUCGCCACCAUCCACGUUGUUCGAUCAAUCGGUCAGCUGUCGCGCACCUUGAGAAGUUCCAUGAUCAGCCCAGGAACCCUCGAGACGUUCGAGCGACACUUCAACACCUGCCUAGCAACCUUCCCUCCCCAGUACCACCCUAAAGCCGACCAGUAUCUCGACCCCCGCACGCUAGCCCCGAUCCUCUACCUCCAGAAUGCACGACUUAUCCUACAUCGUCAUAAUAUCUCUCCUUCCUGUCCACCCGAGGCUCGAUCGUCAGCCUUGGACUAUUGUGUCUCUACCGCCCAUGAUACGGCACGCCUACUCUCGCGCUGUAUGCGGCCCCCGUCCAGUCCCGGGCAUGGGUUUGCGACCACGGGCGGCGAUGAGUGGAGGCCAUUGCUGGCCUCCUCCGCAAGUACCAUGUUGUGUUCACACCUCUGGCGCUGCAUUUUGUUACUCCUCUUCCGCCAGGAGUACGCUGCGGCUCUCGUCUGUGUUCAGGCCAGUGCUGCCAUUGGCGAUUCGCGCGCCGUGAAUUCUGCCUGCGGGCGCUACCUUGCAUUCUUCCUCAAAGUGAUGUUGGACCGGCUGCGGCGCAACGAGGUGACGGUGUUGGAGCGGGAUGAAGAGUUGAUGGCCUAUGUAUCAGGUGAUAUGCAAGGUAACGCUGAGGCUGGUUGGGUCUGGCAAGGUAGUGAGACCGGUGUUCAGUUGGAGGCGAUGUCUCCCAAAAUCAACAGUCCUGUCGCGCACUCCCAUACUGAGAGUAAUGACCGAGCCAACGGCGGGUCGGAAAGCUGGGACGGCUGGAAGUGGGUGGAGCAGACGGUGCAGUACCUCAGCGAAAGACACCAACAACCGCAAGACCUUCAGCACCGGUCGAAGCCCCUGGAUUCGAUGUAUCUUGGACCGGAAGCAACCAACCCGAGCUCCGAUGCGACGACGCCUCAGUCGAGCUCGUCUCACUCGCGCAUGACCAUCGCGAGCAUCAUCUAA